UUCUCACGCUAACAUGCGAGAUCCGAAGAGGCGACUCCACUGCGCGGUCGCAUUCCGCCCUGACUUCCCCUCCGCCAGCGGCCUGGUGCUUUGAGAUGAACAGAAGAUGUCGGUUUCGGGGCUGAAGGCCGAGCUGAAGUUCCUGGAGUCGAUUUUUGACCCAAAUCACGAGCGGUUCCGAAUAAUUGACUGGAAACCCGACGAACUGAGCUGCCAAUUCAACGUAACGAGAGAGAAGCUGCUGAUCAUCCACUGCAACAUCACGGAGUCCUACCCCUCGACAUCCCCAAUAUGGUUUGUUGACUCCGAUGAUCCUAGCCUGACUGAGGUGUUGGAGCGCUUGGAGGAUGUGAGGAAAGGCAGCACGUUGCUUCUUCAGCAGUUGAAGCGGCUUAUUUGUGAUCUCUGUCGGCUUUACAAUCUGCCACAACAUCCAGAUGUGGAAAUGCUGGACCAGCCUCUGCCUGCUUGCCCCAUCACACAGGAGCGUAAGCAUGGCCCGACGGACGAGGUGACAUCUGAGGAGGAAGAGGAGGAGGAAAUGGGAGAGCAGGACAUAGACCUGGACCAAGACCUGGACCAUUAUGAGAUGAAAGAAGAGGAGCCCCCAGAGGGCAAAAAGUCAGAAGACGAUGGGAUAGAAAAAGAAAAUCUGGCCAUCUUGGAAAAAAUACGUAAAAACCAGAGACAAGAUCACUUGAAUGGUGCAGUCUCUGGUUCAGUGCAAGCUUCGGAUCGCUUAAUGAAGGAACUCAGGGAGAUCUACAGGUCGCAGAGUUACAAGACAGGUAUUUAUUCGGUCGAACUAGUCAAUGACAGCCUUUAUGAAUGGCACGUCAAGUUAAGGAAGGUAGAUCCAGAUAGUCCAUUGCAUAGCGACUUGCAGGUUUUAAAAGAAAAGGAAGGAGUGGAAUUCAUUCUGCUCAAUUUCUCUUAUAAAGAUAACUUUCCUUUUGACCCCCCUUUUGUACGGGUUGUCUCUCCUGUGCUCUCCGGAGGUUAUGUCCUGGGAGGAGGAGCGCUGUGCAUGGAACUUCUCACAAAACAGGGCUGGAGCAGUGCCUACUCAAUAGAGUCUGUCAUUAUGCAGAUAAAUGCAACUCUGGUUAAAGGCAAAGCCAGAGUCCAGUUUGGAGCCAAUAAGAACCAGUACAAUCUUGCCAGAGCACAACAGUCGUACAAAUCCCUCGUGCAGAUUCAUGAAAAGAACGGCUGGUACACACCCCCUAAAGAGGACGGAUAA